AGGGCUCAGAAGAGAGCGCACUUCCGGUGCCCUUUCUCCCGGGAGCACCACGGCCCCCAGUCCUCGUGUGCAAGGCGAGGUCUGUGAGCUGGAGUGGGGUAGAAGCUGGCGGGCACACCCCUCCUGACCGCUGGUGCCACUGCCUUCAGGAGGAUCAGACAUGGCCCAGAAUUUGAAGGACUUAGCGGGACGCCUGCCCGCUGGGCCUCGGGGCAUGGGCACGGCGCUGAAGCUGCUGCUGGGGGCCGGGGCCGUGGCCUACGGCGUCCGCGAAUCCGUGUUCACCGUGGAAGGUGGUCAUAGAGCCAUCUUCUUUAAUCGUAUCGGUGGCGUGCAACAAGACACAAUCCUGGCCGAAGGCCUUCACUUCAGGAUCCCCUGGUUCCAGUACCCCAUCAUCUAUGACAUUCGGGCUAGACCCCGAAAAAUCUCCUCCCCCACAGGCUCCAAAGACCUGCAGAUGGUGAACAUCUCCCUGCGUGUGCUGUCUCGACCCAAUGCCCAGGAGCUCCCCAGCAUGUACCAGCGCCUCGGGCUGGACUAUGAGGAGCGAGUGCUCCCGUCCAUUGUCAAUGAGGUGCUCAAGAGUGUGGUGGCCAAGUUCAAUGCCUCGCAGCUGAUUACCCAGCGGGCUCAGGUGUCCCUUUUGAUCCGAAGGGAGCUGACAGAGCGAGCCAAGGACUUCAGCCUCAUCCUGGAUGACGUAGCUAUCACAGAGCUGAGCUUCAGCCGAGAGUACACAGCUGCUGUAGAAGCCAAACAAGUGGCCCAGCAAGAAGCACAGCGGGCCCAGUUUUUGGUGGAGAAAGCAAAGCAGGAGCAGCGACAGAAGAUUGUGCAGGCUGAGGGGGAGGCCGAGGCUGCCAAGAUGCUUGGAGAAGCACUGAGCAAAAAUCCUGGCUAUAUCAAACUCCGAAAGAUCCGGGCCGCUCAGAACAUCUCUAAGACGAUUGCCACAUCACAGAACCGCAUCUAUCUCACAGCUGACAACCUUGUGCUGAAUCUACAGGAUGAAAGCUUCACUCGGUAAGAGGUGCCGCUGUGCAGAGAGCAGAGCAGCUACAACUGGAUUCUCUUGCAGUAGUCACUGGGCCCUUGACAGUUUCUCUGACCACUAAAAUCAGAAAAAUGGGUGUCUGGCUUUUUGGUAGUUCCUUCUUGUAUCCUCUAGGACUGACUGUAUGAAACAGAAUAGGUUGUCUUAUGGAAAAGGCACUUUAUUUUAAACAAUUAAGUGAAAAGUGAUGGCUGAUGGUGUCCUUGCUUGAGAACUGCUGCUUCGCUGGUAAUGACAGUGUGCUGGAACGGCAGAAAUAGUGGCCAAGAGAGCCUUCAUUGGCACUGGGGGUCAGAGGUCUAGAGCAGCUGGGGCCUGAAGCUGACUAAUUAAUAACACCUGUUUCUCUUCUGUUUCCUGCUCCCUUCACAACAUGCUGGCCACAGGGGAAGGUAAGUCACUGCAUCCUUGCUGUAGGGUCCUGGGGCUCGUCUGCUCCCUGGGCCUAUCCCUAUACCUCCCCAUAGUCAGAACUUCAUUUGGGAAGAAGGGAUAGUUUGGGGUGUUCUGCAUCUCACACUACAUCCGUAAUAACAUGAGGGGUGUUUUCUUUGUUGUACAGUGACAGCCUCAUAAAGGGCAAGAAAUGAGUGGACAGCAAGAAUACCACCAGAGGAGGAGCAUCUCCUUCUCCACUAGGGAAGGAGGAGCCAGCGAGGGGUCAAGCACACCACCCUGACCCAAGCAUCACGUGAUGGAUUCCUCUGUAUCUGCCCUCUGGGAUUAGGAAGCCUGAAGACCAGCCCUUUCACAGGGUUCUCCCCCUCCCUGUAUUGGCUCAGGGGGGCCAGGACAGUGUGAUUUCUUUGUGAUUUCCUAGUGUUGUCCCUCUCAGAAUGGGGGCGAGAUAACCACCAUCCCAGGAAUUCUCAAUAAAUAAUUUUUAUUACUUAAACUGAAA